CCAAAUUUUCCCUCCGGUUGCUUUCUCUGUUUCACUCUCUCUCCUCCUCCUCCUCUCUGUCUAGAGGAUAGUUUGGACUGCAUCUACAAUGUCUCAGUAUUCAGGGAAGAUAGUGUUCUAUGAAGGAAAAUGUUUCACGGGAAGGAAGCUGGAGGUGUUUGGAGAAUGCGAUAACUUCCAGGACCGUGGCUUGUUGAACAGGGUUAACUCCAUCCGUGUGGAGAGUGGAGCCUGGGUCUGCUAUGACCACCCAGACUUUAAGGGUCAGCAGUACAUGCUGGAGAGAGGAGAGUACCCAGAGUUCCAGCGCUGGAAUGCCCAUAAUGAUCACAUGGGUUCCUGCAAACCAAUCAAAAUGCAUGGAGAACACUAUAGAAUACAGAUGUAUGAUGGUCCAGACUUCACUGGGCAGUGUGUAGAGCUGUGUGAGGAUUGCCCCUUCAUCCAGAGUGCAGGCCUCGCCAAGACCUGCAUCAACUCCAUUAAAGUUUAUGGAGAUGGAGCCUGGGUGCUGUACGAGGAGCCCAACUACCGUGGACGCAUGUACAUUGUGGAGAGAGGAAGCUACUGCAGCCACAUGGAGUGGCAGGCUGAAAACCCCAACAUCCAGUCCAUCCGCAGAGUGGCCAACUACUUCUAAACCUCUGGAACACUGUGGAAGUGAACGCUGGGGCAUGCAUAUGCUUAAUAAACCUUUUUAUCUCAAUAUAUUAUGCAAUAAGGUUGUAAAAUAAUAAAAGUAAAUAAGCUAAAAAUA